CUUACGACACCUCAGUGUAAACAGCCAUGGCUGCCCUGCGCAGGCUUGCCCCUUUACUCUCGAACUGCUUCAAUAAAACGGGGACGCGGAAACAACAAACAUCCUGGAAGGUGCUGAAAGUUGUCGCCGCCGGAGCGAGCGUCACCGCCGCCGGGGCCGGGGCCGCUUAUUAUUACUGCUGCUCCGGGCUCAGGAGCCAUGUCGAGGCUCGGCUCUUUCAUCUGGCGCUGCCAUCAGUUUCUGCCAGCGAUAAGGCCCGGACCUAUGGUUUGGAUGAUGGAGACGCGUACAUGUCGUCCUAUGAAAACAGAUUUCGCCUGUUCAGUUCGGUGGAGUACGAGGGCCAGCUCUACAUGACGCCGCUCAACUUCAUCGAGUCUGUGACUCUGAAUGAACCCAAGAAUCGGAGAGGAUGGAAGUCCUUCACUAAAAAGGACUUAGACAAGAUGCUGGCUGAUACCCCGCCUGUUUGGAAAGGAUCAUCUAAUUUGUUUAGAAAUCUUCGUGAACGAGGUGUCAUCAGUUACACAGAGUACCUCUUCCUGCUCUGCAUUUUAACAAAGCCCCAUGCAGGCUUCAGGAUUGCCUUCAACAUGUUUGAUGCAGAUGGAAAUGAAAUGGUGGACAAACGGGAGUUCAUGGUGCUGGAAGAAAUUUUCCGUAAGAAAAAGGACAAAAAGGAAGUUGCUGAAGACGUGCAAAGAUUUGACCAGCAGAGCCUGCAGCUGUACGGUCAACGCAAAUCCCAACCACACAGUGUUCUUAGAAAAGACAGUCAGCAUGUGGAGGCCCGGGGCAUGUGGGAUGUUCUCAGACGUGGCACGAGUCAAGUUCUGUUUUCUGAUCUCACUGAGCAUGUGGAUGAAAACACAGAGACAACGCUGCUUGUGCAUUUCUUUGGGAAAAAAGGCAAAGCCGAGUUGAAAUUUGAAGAUUUUUACAAGUUCAUGGACAACUUGCAGACAGAGGUGCUUGAGAUAGAGUUCCUCUCCUACUCCAAAGGCCUGCCCACCAUCAGCGAGGAGGACUUCGCUCGGAUCCUCCUUCGCUACACCAAUGUGGACGACGUCACCGAGUAUUUGGAGAACGUGCGCCACAGCAUCCCGGAUGAAAAGGGAAUCACCUUUGAGGAGUUCAGGUCCUUCUUCCAGUUCCUGAACAACCUGGAGGAUUUUACCAUCGCUAUGCAAAUGUACAACUUCGCCAACCGAUCCGUCGGUCAAGAGGAGUUUACCCGCGCCGUCUACGUGGCUACGGACAUCAAGCUGACCCGCCACCUGGUCAACACGGUCUUCAAGAUCUUCGACGAGGAUCGUGACGAUAAACUCAGCCACAAGGAGUUCAUCGGCGUCAUGAAGGACCGGCUGCAGCGCGGCGGCGGGGGCAUCAAAAUGGAGGAGAAGUUCACCUCCUUUAAGUCCUGCAUGAAGAAGGAGCUUUCAAGCAAAUAGGUGGAAAUCCUCAUCAGUGCAUGUGUUGACUGGACGAGCUGGGCCUCUGUACUCUUCUCCAGGACCGAAGGGUUAAUGCAUGUUGCAGUGUCUUACUGCACUCUGUUAGGAGAGUUUAAAUAAACAGGAUGUGGCACAAACAGGAUGUGGUAAUGGGAGGCUGUUGCAAGUGGUCAAACAAACAAACAAACACAAGUAACCAAUUAUGAGCCUCAAGUCCACUUAACGUAGAGACGCAGGACUCUAAAUUGAAGUUAUUAGUUUGUGUAAGUGCUUUUGCCUGCUCUGAAGAUAUUUAACUAUUUAUUGAUUCAUCUACAUGUAAAUAUAUUUAUCUGUUUAAGAUUCUUAACUCUUAUUUAUUUAUCUCAAAUCUCUCCAACGUUGUCUUAUUACUGCUCUGCCAGUGUGUAUUCUCUUUGAUUCUGUACGGCAGCGACAUAUUUCGCCCUUCUGUUGGCUCUGCAGCUCCCUGCACAGAUCAGCUUAGGACAGCACCCCCUCCUCCUCCUUCCUCUCCUCCUCCUCCUCCUCCUCCUCCUCCCAAAGCGCUGCAGCUAAAAUCUCCUGGGAUCCCCCGGAGGCAGCCGGCCUCAACACUCUGUGGCUUUUCCACUGUUUAACUCCAGGCAGCUAACAGUGUUAAUCAUUUCUUAGCUAGUAAAGAAAAGUGGUCAUGUCAUGCCACUGGCAGGGAAAACCUCUUUGUAAAAAAAAAUAUAUGCAAAAAUAUUGAAGCCAUAUGUGUGUUCCACUCCUGGGACGCUCAGCUUGAAUUAGUUUUGGAGCAAUAUAUUGACCUUCCCUUUAUGCUUAUCUGCUUUAUAUAGAUCCUACUCUACAAUGACGGGUGUAAUGUUUGCUUUGGGUGGAGUUAUGUACUGAAAAAAGAUACCAGAUAUAUUGCUGUAAUAUUAACCAGACUAAUGUCUUUGUAUCUCAGUUGGUCUACCUCUUGAAGAGUUUUGGAAACUUCUCGCCAUUUGUCAUUCUCUUAAACGCGGCCUCGACUGUUACUGAUUUAUAAUGACAUGGUGCAAUAAAUGCAAUG